AAUCAUCUCUUAUACUAACUGCAAUUUCGCCUAAAGCUAUCUAAUUUAUCUCUUUGAAGCUUUCUUAAUUCAUCUUAUUGUUAGUGUUUUUGUUUUGCUGUUCUAUUAGUACUUCAUUUCAGUUUUCAAUUUUUCAAGAAAGUUUCCAUCAAUGGCAGAAUCAAAGGAUUGCCAUGUCAUUGUCGAAAUCCCGGUCGACGAAGAGCAUCAGCAAAAACUUUCUUCAGCCAUUACUACCAUAACUGCAAUUCAAAACCACCCAUUAAUGGAAAUCUCAAAAAGUCCAGGUCAUCUUUUGCUUCUCAAGCUUUGGCAAAGAGAAGAGGAUCUCUCUGGCCGCAGAAUUGCGGCCAAAGAGACACGAAUGGACAGUAUUAGGAGAGAAAUAUUUCAGAUCUGUUGUUUUUUCUUUAUCUUUCAUGCUCUGUUUUUUACGAUUCUGUUCACCUCUGUUUCGGAGAACCACCGUGAUGAUGAUGUUGUUUGUCAAAAAUGGUGGAUUCCGUCGAUUCUGUCAGUUUGUACUUCGUUUUGUAUUGUGUUUUUGGUGCAGGUGAAACUUUACAGGUUUUGGAAGGUGUCGAAGCAGUUGCAGAGGGAGAGGGGGAAUGGUAGAGCACUGACGAGGUGCAUUUCGGAAUUGAGGAUGAAAGGGGCGAGUUUUGAUCUGUCGAAAGAGCCACAGAUUGGGAAGAAGAUGAAGAGCUCUAGUGUGGAGAUCAAAUGGAAGCCAUUAACUUGGUUGUCUCAGUAUGCAGUAACUAUUUGUCUUCUUUGUUUUACAGGAUUGGUCUUCCCUGCUUCAAGGCUCGUCCUUUGCGCUUGAUCUUCUUCGUCUUCAGUCCCUGUUCAUACACAAACCAGCAAUUUGGAAUCUGGGAAGUUUGCACUUUGAUCCAAACAGCAUACAGACAUCAAAGUCGCGUGGAAUUUGUAUGCGAAAAAGAUGGGGAUAUAUAGCUGCAUACUCUCCACUCCCCAAGCAAGUUUUUAGCACAUACAAGCUUUGAGAAGUCUCAAAAUUGAUGUUAAGCAAGACAAGGCAAGAAGGAAUUGGCCCACAUUAUCGGAGAUGGAGAAGGGAAAUAGUGGCCCCAAGGACAUCAUGGUAGUACAAGGAAGGUGCAAGCCAGUGGAGAUAAAAAGGGCAGCUCAGUCUCAAUGCACGAAGUAUUCCGCAUUCACAGUCCAAGGCUCCCUUUUUACUUGUAUUUGAUCCUGCUGCAAUGACAUCAGUAUUGGAGGUUUGCUCACCAUCUUCUUGGGGCCUCUCGACUCUGCUGAAUUUAUAAUCCUAGUCCUUGGAAUAUCAGGCUCACUGCACAAGCUUAAGAGCAGAGAUCUAGAGUUUCCAGAGUCGACACUUUUCAAGUUUGCAGAUUUGGGAAAUACAGCUAUGAAGUAAUGCUGAAAACACUACCCGAGUUGUAACGUAUCUUUCAUAAUGUGUACGGACUUUUUCAAAAAUGCAGUACAGUACUAUUUGAGUCUGGAUUACCAUGUGCGGAAUGUUACAGAAUAAAUGUAAACAAGUUGUUCAUCUGAAAAA